AAGGAAUUGCUUAUUACUAACAUAUUUUUAUUUGCCAUAAGUAUUUCCAGAUACACAGCAAGCAGCAGUUAUCAGUGGAGGAGCUUGGUGGCUGCUCCAAUCAUCAAACAUGGCGUCCCUCCCCGGCCCCACCAAUCCCUUACCGCCGUCAUUCAGCCGGCGGAACCGAACCCAAACCUGGAUUAAUAUCAGUAUGAAAUCCGACCAGCAACCGUCAAACGCCCGGGAAAGCGGAAACAUGGUCGCUACGGCUGAGAGAAGAUUGGACCCUGCCAAGAUGAAGGAGAUAGAAUAUAGGGAGAGAAAGGAGGAAACCAACAGAAAGAUAGCGUCGAAGAAGGCCAUUUCCAUUAUUCUGAGGAGAGAAGCUACGAAAGCAGUAAUCGAGAAGAAAGGGGGUUCCAAGAGGCUGUUGCCGAAAUCUGUUCUUGACGCCCUUCACGAGCGCAUCACCGCUUUGCGAUGGGAGUCUGCUCUCAAGGUCUUUGAACUCCUGCGCGAUCAAGUCUGGUACAAGCCGUAUGCUGGUAUAUAUGUGAAGCUAAUCACCAUGCUCGGGAAAUGUAAGCAACCCGAGAUAGCUCAUACCUUAUUUCAGGCAAUGAUUGAUGAAGGGUGUGUGGCGGACCGUGAAGCUUACACUGCUCUCAUGUCUGCCUACAGCCGGAGUGGCCUUUUUGAUAAAGCGUUUUCCAUCCUCGACCAGAUGAAAAAGAUCCCUAACUGUCGACCUGAUGUGUUAACGUACUCCAUCCUCAUAAAGUCAUGCGUGCAAGUUUAUGACUUUGACGCAGUUAAACCUCUCCUUUCAGAGAUGGAAAAGCAGGGGAUCAGACCCACCACAGUAACGUAUAAUACUCUCAUCGAUGCGUAUGGAAAAGCAAAGAGGUUCGUGGAGAUGGAAUCGGUGCUCGUGCAGAUGCUCAGGCAGCCCGACUGCCAACCCGAUGUCUGGACGAUGAACUCGACGCUCAGAGCCUUUGGGGGCAGUGGGCAGAUAGAUAUGAUGGAGAAGUGCUACGAUAAGUUCCAGAAAGCCGGCAUUGAUCCCAGCAUCAAGACAUUCAACAUACUGCUCGACGCCUACGGGAAGACAGAGAACUACGAGAAGAUGAGCGCGGUGAUGCAGUACAUGCAGCGAUACCACUACUCAUGGACGCUCGUCACCUACAACAUUGUCAUAGACGCAUUUGGGAGAGCCGGCGAUGUCAAACAAAUGGAGUUCUUGUUCCGGCUGAUGCAGUCGGAGAGGAUCAAGCCCAACUGCGUGACUCUAUGCUCACUCGUGCGGGCUUAUGGGAACGCUGGGAAACUCGAGAAGAUCGCAGCCGUCCUGCGCUAUGUCGAGAAUUCCGAUGUUACUCUUGAUACCGUGUUCUUCAACUGCUUGAUCGAUGCCUACGGCCUGAUGGGAUGCAUCGCCGAGAUGAAAGGGGUGGUCGAGAUGAUGAAGAGGAGGGGAUGCAAGCUUGAUAAAGUCACGUAUCGGACAAUGAUCAAGGCGUUCUCAAUGAACGGGAUGACCGGUCAUGCCAAGGAUCUUCAGAAAGAACUCCGUUCGAUGUAGAUGUGCAUUUACUUUGUAUGAUUGAAUGCAUCGCGGAGAUGAAAAGAGUAAUCGAGACGAUGAAGAGGAGAUGUUGCAGGCUCGAAGCUUGAUGAGGUCAUGCAUCGAACGACGAUCAAAGCGUUCUAUGAACGGGAUGAUCUUGAUAGAUGAAAAUAGUAUAUAGGUUAAUUCAAGUAAUUGAGCUAGUUUGAUCAUCUACUCUUCAAAUUCUCAAUCUUAUCGAUCCAAGAUAUCUCCUUCCUGCGUUACAUAACUUACAUGUAAAAGUAGUCAAUAUAGUCAUAUAUUAUUGCAA